AUGGAUGAAAGAUAUGGAGCUGAACUUUCAUCUAACACUGCUGAUACAGUGAUUACUGCUAAUGCAAAAGAAGUGAUAUUUGAGGACGAGGAAGUGAAAGGGAAGUGGAAGAGCGCUGACCGUAUGUCAUCAUUUGGGGACUUUAUUGCCUUAUCUGGAAAAUGUGAUGAAUUAACAGCACGUAUUAUCAGUCGUGAAGUUUCCGAUGGUAUUGUGGCACCAGAUUAUGAAGAUGCAGCAUUAAAUAUUUUGGCAAAAAAGAAAUCUGGAAAUUACAUUAUCCUUAAGAUUGAUGCACAAUAUUUGCCAUCGGAAUGUGAAGAACGUACGAUUUUCGGACUUCGUUUGAAGCAGAAACGAAAUAAUGCUCGUGUAAGACCGGAUAUGUUCACCAACAUUGUAUCCAAAUCUGACCGAAUAACCAAAUCAGCAUUGGACGAUUUAAUAGUUGCAACAAUUGCUGUAAAAUAUACACAGUCAAAUAGCGUCUGUUUUGCUCAUCGUGGACAGGUGAUUGGUAUGGGAGCUGGUCAUCAGUCAAGAAUACAUUGUACACGUUUAGCUGGCGAAAAAGCUGCAUCAUGGUGGAUGCGACAACAUGAACGUGUUUUGAAUUUGCCAUGGAAUCCGACAGUUAAACGAGCCGAACGAUCGAAUGCUAUUGAUGUUAUGGUAUCCGGAGUGCUUGGUACAGAAAUUUCUGAAAGUCAUUGGAGCCAACAUUUUGUUGAACCAGUUGAACCGUUUACCAGUGAAGAACGAAAGAAGUGGUUAACCAGUCUAACUGAUGUUGUCGUUAGUUCAGACGCCUCUUUUCCGUAUCGUGAUAAUAUUGACUGCGCAAGUCAGUACGGUGUAAAAUAUGUGGCAAGUCCUGGUGGUUCACCGCGAGAUCAGGAGAUAAUUGAGGCAUGCGACGAGUACGGCAUGACCUUAAUUCAUACGGGACUUAAACUUUUUCAUCACUGA